AUGAAGAAAGAAGAUGGCGUUCUUCAUGAUGCUUAUGGGUCGUAUAUAUCAUCGCCUCCAGUACCUCCAGUUCCUCCAUUUCCAUGUGUCGUCAAUAAUUUAUGUACCGCUAAUAAUCGCAUAUGUGAUCAACAUAGGUCAGUGUUAUUUGUAAAAAAUCAUGCAACUGGUGAAACGUUCGAAAUUCCAUUUGGUAAAUGGGAAAAUUGGGAAUGGUAUAAACAGCAUAUUAGUGAUCUUAAGGGAAUUCCAAUAGAAGAGAUUCGAUUAGUAUAUGCUGGAGCCCAAAGAGAUGGCUUAGGCAGACAUAGUGGACUGUGUCGCGAAAGUACGAUACAUCUAGUUCUACGUCCAUCCAAGCACAACACAUCUGCUGAUAAAAAGACUUAG